UACGAGCGAACACAAGUAAGAGUUAAGACAAAGACGCCGCGCGCACCAAGGACGGGAGAUUUGCCGGACCGAGAGAGGUGACGCCGGACUCAUGAAACAACCUAGAGAUGCAUGUUCGCGUACAGGGUGCUGGGGAAGAGAAAACGGUGUGUGUGUGUGUGUGUGUGUGUGUGUGUGUGCGAGACAGGUGACGCCGGGCUCAUGAAACAACCAAGAGAUGCAUGUUCGCGUAUAGGGUGCUGGGGAAAGAAAACGGUGUGUGUGUGUGUGUGUGUGUGUGUGUGUGUGUGUGUGUGUGUGUGUUCGUCAUGAGUCUAAAAUUAUUGGGAAAAGAUGAUCGGAUAAGAAUAUUUGGAAAGAAAAUCACUUAUUAUAUACUUGCUUCGCUAAAAAGGAAAGAGGAGGAGGAGACGAAGAAGGAGGAGAAGGAGGAGGAGGAGGAGACAGCAAAUGAUAAGUAGGUAUAUCAAUCUCUUAAUUUAGCAUCACAACCUCGACAAAAAAAAAACAUUCACGCUCAUAUCAAAAACUGUCCCUUUCCCAGACCAUUCCCUAUAGACAUCAGCUCCAGCAAUAUCUGUCAGCCGGGCGCCGUUCCCUACCAGCUUUCUGUCAGCCACUUUUACGGGUUCAUGGCUACAUCGAACAUUAAUUUUCUCUGCUAUCAUUAAUAAGUCGUUAAUAGGCCAAGAAAAUAGGGGAGUAUGUGGAACAGAAGGGAGGUGAAAAUAGUAGAAAAUAGCUUAGAAGUUGAAGUUGGGUUUUGAGUCGAUAAUUAUACUUGGCAUCUCUUAGUGACAGUGAGCUUGGAAUAUAGCCGUGUGAAAUGAACUUGCACUCACCACCACCACUACGACAAACAUCACCACCACCACCACCACCACCACCACAGUCAUCACAGCAGGAAACGAAGAAGGGGGAAAGUGCUAUAACUGAAGGGAUAAAGGAACAAACCAAACGUGAAGUGAAUGGAAACUGUCACUGAAAAAUUAAAUAAAAAUAUGAUUAUGAGAAUUAUUAACACGUAGUAGCUACAGCCAGAUGCUCUAAAACAAAAAUAUAUAAAUGACUAACAAAAAAAGUGACAGAAAAUAAUAGACCAAAUCUAAAGUGAAGUGAUGAAUGCGAGUCAAACAAAAACAAAAAAAAUAUAAAACUAGAUAAACUAAUACGCAUACUAGACAGAUAAAAUACAUAGGAAGAAAUAUAUAUAAAUUAUGAACGAAAAUUAUAGCAGAAAAUAAUAAACGUAAUGUAAAGUGAAGUGAUGAAUGCAAGUAAAACAAAUAAGAGAUAUAACUAGAUUAAUUGACAUGUAUAACAGAGGCAGACACAAUACAUGCAAGAACAAACAACCGAUGAGAGUAAAUAGACAAAAACAUGAAAGUGAAUGGGACAAAAAUGUGUUAGUGAAAUGAGAAGGAAAAAGAAAGUAAAGCGUGAAAAUAGAACCAGAUUUAAGAAAGGUAGUUAAUCGACGAGAAAUAUGGAACGAACAGAGAGAAAAUUAGACUGUUAGAAGAGAAAUAAAGGAUCAAUAGCCACAAAACUUUGAGUAAGAGUGAAAUAAAACGAAAUAAGAUAAAAAUCGCAUACGGUGUUUGUGUUGAUAAAAAAUAACGGCAGCAAAGAGUAUAAAUAAAAAUGAACAUACAAAAAGGAAUGAAAAUGAGAAAGAAACAAGGAAGCUUAAGUAGGAACAAAUAAUAGUAGGAAUAAGGAGUAAGAAGGAAUGACAGUAAGAAAAUAUAUUAGAAAAAGAAAAAAAUACGAGGGAAAAGUAACAAAAAACGGAACUUUGAAAAAUAUAACAAAAAUAACCUAUCAGAAUUUGUUUAUCUCGGAAAAGGAACAACAACAACAACAACAACAACAACAACAACAAGAGCUACUACUACUACUACUACUACUACUACUGCUACUACUACUACUACAAAAACAAGAAGAAUAACAAAAAGAUAAGAAAGAAAACCAAAAAAAAAGGAGAAGAAAAAAGAAGAAAAAGAGAAAAAGCAAAAGAAAAAAUAUACCUCAAAAUUUAGCUCAACAGAAAAGCAACUUCCCCUUACACACACACACACACACACACACACACACACACACACACACACACACACACACACACACACACACACACACACACACACACACACACACACACACACACACACACACACACUUCUCUCCUCAUCAGCUCAACGCCAAAUGAAAUGAGUUUUUUCAUGAGGCAGGUGUGGCGGUGUCGGGUGCGCGCGAAAAACAGCACCUGUGGCCACGUCCUCAUCGUCGUCGCCUUCCUUGUCUUCACGCUGCACGUCAUCACACAGAGACAGCCGCAGGAUAACACAAGAGAGUUUUCGGUACUGAGGGACCCCCUGCCGUUCCCCAUGCCCCCCGCCCCCCUACAUGACAAUCCACAGGCCAACUUUCAACUGGGGACGCAUGGAGACUGGCAAGAAGCCCAGGGCUCGAACCGGGACUUCUUCCUAUACUCAGCCUACCUCGACCGGCGGGGCAAGAGAAGCCAAGUGGUCAUUGUGGCCAUAGUGAAAAAGAGAAAAAAGGUGACAGGGUGCCGCGUGUGGACUGGUAACACAAGCGUGGAAGUCAACGCCAAAACCAAACUCAUCCACGAAAACUGGAACCUCGUGUACUCGGCCGCCCUGGUGCAGUGUACGGUGCCUAGUGACUCCCGCCCGACCUACGUGUCCCUCCUCUCACAGCCCACGACGCUAAUACCCGUGCAGGACAUGGAAGCCAGGGAGCGCCAGGGCCAAAUGAGCGUGUGCGUCAAACCACUUCACUAUGGCUAUGACCGCGCUCUGUGGCUAGUGGAGUUCAUCGAGCUUUACCGGCUGCUCGGGGCUGACAAGUUCAUCUUCUACAACCACACGAUGGGGCCGAAUAUAGAGGCUGUAGUGAAGCAUUACAUGGACGCGGGGGUGGUCACGCUGCUGCCCUGGUCCCUGCCGGUGAUCACCCAGAAGGAGAUUAGAACUGAGGGCAUAUUCGCGGCUCUCAAUGACUGUAACCUUCGCUCCGUCCACCGCUUCCCCUUCUCGGCCAUGGUGGACUUCGACGAGUUUCUCAUCCCGAGAAAACAUGACUCGCUGCUUGAUCUUCUGGCUUCCUACGGUGACAACCAUAGUGCCUACGUGUUUCAGAACGUCUUUUUCUACCUGUACUGGGAGAACGACACCGCAGUAGCCUACGAGACGCUGAGGAGGGAAGGUGUGACGCCGGUGGAGGGGGAGGGGGAGCCUUACCUACUGACUGCCUUCAAGACUCGCCGAAUGGAUACGCCACACAAGUCCGGCAUUAGGUCCAAAUACAUAGUGCGCCCCGAGAGGGUGGUGGAGCUCGGCAACCAUCACGUGUGGGAGUAUGUGGACGGCAAGAAGAUGAUAAAGAGGGUGCCCCCCGAUGACGCCCUUUCGCACCACUACCGCAUCUGUGAAUACGGCGGAUACGAGUGUCUCAAGCACCCCGCCCACGUGGAUCGCGCGGCCCACGCGUGGCUGACCCGCAUGUACCGCCGCGUGCUGGACAACUGUGCACAAAUCUUCCCUGCCGAUGGGGCGUGUCCAAAGGCGCCGCCGCUGGGCUCACCCUUCUGAUGCUGCCUCGCCCGUAAAAUUCCAGUCCCUAAACGGAGUGCAGAAGCAGUUAAAACUAUUUCAUGGAUCGCAAAACAGUCCAUAGAUAUCCCAGAACGUCUACGAAUGGCUUUUAAAACAGGCGAACUGAGGCGCCGAGAUUAUUAGAAUUCGUGUCAAUGUGGUAACGAUAAAACCGGCUAUAACGCUGAGUUGGAGUCGCUGGUCGAAAGUAAACAACCACACAUACACGCCACACACUCCUUCACACCCUUUUCGCACCCUGGCUCUCCCUGCACCCGCCCGCUGCCUCACCCUGCUGACGGCGGCCCGGGCGGUGCAGGAACGUGGAAAUGUUGGUGUUCGAAGCGCAGCGACUCCUCACCCUUACACUACAGAAAGAAUACUGAGGGAGAAAGGGAAACGGGCAGCUUUUAAGGGGGACUCUGUUAUUAAUUUAACUAUGUAUUUAAUCUUAUUUAACUAUAUUUACGGAUUUAAAUAUCGUUAUUAAUAUUUAACUAGCUGCAUUAUUUUCUAAGGAUAGCUCUGCUGUUUAUUGAACUAUUUGUGCGUCGUUAUUUAACUAUAUUUACGGAUUAAAGUACCUAUUAAUUUAUUGAUAUGACUUGCAGUAUUUUCUAUUUGCUAUACAUUUAUUUGAUCUCCGAUAUGUUAAUUUUUGUCCAUUUUUUCAGUUGUAUUUACAUGUCAAAUACCAACAUAUAUUUGAUCAAACAUUUUUUGCUUGUUUGUUUACUGAAUGAUAAGCUCUUCAUUUAACUCCUUUUCUUAUCUAUUCAUGUAACUGUCUAAUAAUGUUCUACUAUAUUGUCUGGUGAAAAAAUAAAUAGAGAUAUAUAUGAGUAGACAAUUAAACAGAUAACUCAUAUAGCCUAAUAGUCGCCAUUGAUUGGUAAUAAUAUAUUCAAAAGAUCUUAAGAGAGGCGACUAUCAACGGAUUGAUUCCUAUACCAAUAAACAGAAAGGUGAAAAGAUGGAUAAACGAAAAAUUAAAUAUAGGUUGUGUUAGGCUACUUCUAAAUGAAACAGAUAAUCAGGAACACGGAAUACUUUAAUCUGUAGCAUACGGGUUAAACAGAUUUAUUAAACAACCAUUAUUAUUAUUAUGUAUUAUUAUUAUUAUUAUUAUUAUUAUUAUUAUUAUUAUGUAUUAUUAUUAUUAUUACUGGAUACACUCGGAAUACAUUCAUGAAGCUCUAAAACCAUCUCACGUAUAAUAUUUAUCACUACAACUGCGAUAAUUUAGAUAUAUAAGCUAAAUUUCCUAAGCGUCGUAUUACUAUUUAUAAACAAUUAACAGUCAUGUCGCUGGAUUGGCUUUUUAAUUUCAUCUUUGGGGCGGAGUUGGUCUUAAGAGUUGGAUUUUCACUGGGUUUUACUGACAAGCCAACAGGACACAAGAAAAGGGAAGAAGUAAAAGGUUAUAUAUGUUAAAAAUAAUAACAAUAAAAUGGAAGAGAAGAGCAAGGGAAGUAAGAAAAAAUGGAAAGAAAGUAAAUAAAAGAAUGCCCCUGGCCGAGCUGCGGGCGAAGGACGACGCUUGGCCCAGGCCAUCGCGCCCAGGCAGGAUGGGCCCAGGGGCGUCAGGGUGGAGGUCAUCGCCGGCGGUAAGCGGCUUAUCACCGAGGGCAUGUUGCUCGGCCGGUUGCUGGACAAUGUGGAGUUCCUCCACUUCUCGUUGUUCUGCGACGGCGGCGCCGCGGGCGGCUUCACCAGCCUGCGGUGCAACGGGCGCCCGUGCUGGGAGGCGGCGGCACCCGCGUCGUGCCCCCGGCCUGAUCGGCAGCCACCCCGUGCCUUGGCAGCCCCAGGCCGCCCCCCCCUUGCGGAUGAUAUCCCGACUGUUCCUGAUGAUACCCCAGCAUGCAUCCCCCAGGUUGAUGGUCCCCCUGCCAUUGACGUGGCUCCAGCCGUCACACCCCAGGCUGAUGAAGGCCACACUGCCGACGAAGUGGCCCCAGCCUGCACGCCCCAGGUUGCUUGGCCCACUGUGAUGCCCCCAGCCUCGACCAUUGAGGCCAAUGAUGGGGCAGAAGUCACCGACGUGGCCGCAGCCACCACCACCCAGAGUUGCCGCGGGCGGGUCACGCGCCGCCGGACGGCCAGAAAGACGCCGAGGCGGACGCCCCAGCAGCAGGAACCACCGAGGGGGGCGCCUACGCCCCCUUAUACCUUGGUGGACGCCUUCCUUGACGGCACCGCCAUCAUCGCCGUCGCCGCGUCCAGCAUCCUGGCCUUCUACACCUUCUGGUGACGCCCGUGACCGGAAGAGGCCAGUGCAUGAGGUGGGCCACAAAAUUACGGGCGGGUCUUGUCUGGGAGGAUCGGGGCUCGCCCGUCAACGCAAAACACAUAAACACAUGUACGGAGUUGGAUUUUCACAGUAAUCAAAACAUAUUACAAACUCAGUCGUAAAAAGUUAAAUAAAAGAAUUAACAAUACCAACCAACCAGGUCUUGAAAAAUGGGCAAAAACAAAAAGAAAAAUCGGGCACAUUGUUGUUGAUGAAGACUAAUACCACGUUUACAAUAUUAUAUUACAUUCUCAGUCGUAAAAAUGUUAUAUAAAAAAUCAAGAAAACCAAUUCUCCACGCCUUGAAAAACGGCUUGAAAAGACACACCAACCACUGAAUUCAUGAAAACUAAUUCGACAUUUAAGGACUCAGGCGGUCUAUAGACUUUCGAGGAGUAAAUAGCAAAAUAGUGAGCCUGUUGCAGAGAUGGAAAUUUUAUUGCGGGAAAUGAUGGAAAGUAAUUUGAAAAGAUAGUAUCAAUAAAAUAAGAAAGCAAGUUAGAAUGUAGUAAGCAAGUCAGCAAAAAGAAAACGGGCUUGACAGAUAAAAUAAAACAAUAGCUAGUACAUGAGAAAAAUAGAAAAAUUAAUUUAAAAAGUUAAAUAAGAGAAAAAGCAAUACACCGGAGUCCACAUACAAAAUAACACAAUAUAAACAAGUCAGCCUAGAGAAUGGUCUUGGCGGCCUAUACAAGGAAUACACUAAGAUAUACCAAAAAGGAGUCAGACAAGAAAAGCGAGUCAUCAGCCACAGAGAAUAAUAUACAAACUACUCAACAUGGAAAACAGUCUUGACGGAGAUAAAAGAAAGCGAACGAAGACAACUGAAAACAAACAAAACAAAGUGUGAGCGAGCAAGCACCAGGCACGUAGACGCGAUUUUAAACAGCUACAGUUCAUGUCAUAUUCUUACAAGACAUUCUAGAGGAAACAGAGGUCAAAAAGAAAAGUAUAAAAACGUGAAUACCCCUACGAUAGAAAUGGCCCCUGUCUGAACCUGAACCAUAGCGCAGAGAACAGACAUGAAAGCGGUAACAGGCAUGACUCAACAACCUUUCGACCCUGGUAAAAAAGAUAUUUGGUGUGUAGAGAUGCCACACUAGAUGUAGAGAGGGAGAGAAUAAGGGAAGAAAGACUGAAGCCCAUAACCGCAAGCAUUUCCUCAGGGCUCAAACACACACACACUUGAUAAGGCUUUAGUAGAGGUUGUGUUACUAGUUUCAUGGGUGGAUGUUAGGAGCUUAGUGAUAGUUUAACAAGCCUUGGGAGAGGUAGUUUAGUAUAUCCAUGGGUAGUUUUAUGAGACUGGUGAUAGUUUGACAAGGCUUUCAUUGAGGUUGUGUUAGUGUGUCCAUGAAUAUUUUUAUGAGCCUGGUGAUAGUUUGACAAGGCUUUCAUUGAGGUUGUGUUAGUGUGUCCAUGAAUAUUUUUAUGAGCCUAGAGAGAGUUUGACAAGGCUUUCAUAGAGGUUGUGUUAGUGUGUCCAUGAAUAUUUUUAUGAGCCUGGUGAUAGUUUGACAAGGCUUUCAUAGAGGUUGUGUUAGUGUCUCCAUGAAUAUUUUUAUGAGCCUGGUGAUAGUUUGACAAGGCUUUCAAAGAGGUUGUGUUAGUGUCUCCAUGAAUAUUUUUAUGAGCCUGGUGAUAG